CUCAUUUCAUCAAUGCAUGACCAGCCAUUAAAGACCUGCAACAAUCUCAUAUUUCUGUGCGAAGACUUCCAUUAAAGGUCAACCCUAAACAAACAAAAUCAAAUUCGUUACCUUUUUUCAUAUAAUAAUGUGUAUUAUUAUGUAUCAAUUUAUCAUUUCUGGUUGCAGUUUGAUUUGAUUGAUCAAUUUCUGUUUCAAAUUAGUGUUUUGUUUAGGGUUUAUUGAUAUUAUUUUGUGUAAAUUAUGGGUGGAGAUGGUUUUCGUCUCAGAGGCAUUUCAUCAAACACCUUGUCUGCAUUAACUGUGAAUGAUGGGCAUACUGUAAACACGAAACUGGUUGAAGAAGAUGAUGUUGUGCAGCAGAUUGAAGAUCAGGAACAAGAGAUUAUGCAGCUGAGAAGACAUCUGGCUGAGUUUGAGGUCAAGGAAGCGCGUAUUGAAAGCGAGAAGAGUGUUCUUGAGAAACGAAUUGGUUCGAUGUAUAAAGGGUUUGAGCAGCAACAACAGGAGUUUGAUGAAGCUAGAUUGAAAGCUAUGGAUUAUAGACAAGAGAUAAUUGAAGAGAAUGUACGGCUUGAGUACGCGCUGCAAGUAGCUCGAGACGAAGAUUCAGUGUUUGUAAAGUCUUUGGUACCUCUUCUUGCUGAACAAUCGCUUUAUCCUGCAAGUCUUGAUGCAUAUACCAUUGUUAGUAAUUUGAGGGUUUUGUUUAAGCAUCAGAAGGAAAGACUCGCUAUAGCCGAAGAACGGCUAAAAGAUUCGCAAUAUCAACCUUUGGUUUUGCAUUCGCGUACGAAAGAGGUGGCUUUAAACGAUCCUGCGCGUUCCGAAUGGGCCCACUCAAGCUUUUCACAAGCACCAGAGCCAGUUCAUAUGGAGAGACCAGGAGACGAUGUGGUAAAUACUCCGUAUUUACCAUCGAUUCUUGAAGAAGAACACGAACAAGAACCGUCUUCUUCGUCGCACCAAGAAGCGGAUGAUUCAGAAGAAGAUGACUAUGAUGAUGUGGAUUAUACGAAUAAACCACUUCCGACAAUCGCGGAUUUGCAGAUAAUCGGUGACCCUUUUCCAGGUAACGAAAUUCAAGCAAGUGGGUACCCAAGAAACGGAACGAAGACUUGUAGGUUUGAGUGGGUUCGCCUUAUGCAAGACGGGUCAAUGAAAUACAUAGAAGGCGCAAAACAGCCCACGUAUAUCGUUACAGCAGAUGAUUUAGAUAAUUCUCUUGCUGUAAUCGUUCAGCCACUUGACGACAGACAACGAGAGGGUGAACUUGUAAAAUGUUUCGCAAAUGACAACAACAAGAUCACCUGUCAUCCUGAUAUGCUUCGUGAAAUCGAAAGAUCGGUAAGUGUAGGUCAUGUGAGUGUUAACGUGUUUGUUUUGAGACGGUCUCCUGACGCUUGGGAACCGGCAAUAUUGGAAAUCAAGAAAAGUGGUUACAGCAUUAAGCUUAAUGGAUCCAAUAAUGGUGUUGUGGUAGCUGAUAAGUAUACACCAACAACCGUUAUUAAUCUACCGGCAGAAGAACCGUUACAGUUCUCUAUAGUUGGACCCCAUGGCGUUGAGCAAUAUUUAUGUGCGGAUUAUAAUGCAUCUGGCAUUAGCUGCUCAAGAGAUGCAAUUGUACUAACGAUGAGAUCGUUUGUCAAACGAGCUGUUGAUAAAAAGUUAGGGAAGAAGAAGAGAAGAGGUCUGUUUUUCUAAGUAAGUUUCAUGUUGUAUAUUAGCACAUAGUUUUUGUAGUAAUUAUUCGAUCGUUUUUGCUUACAUUGGUUGAUAAUGAAAUCGUAUAUUGUCAUGAA